GACGGAUCCCGGCGGAUCCCGACGGAUCCCGGCGGCGGCGGCGGGUCCCCGGGCCCGGGAAUCCCGGCGGAGCCAUGUUAAGGAGGAUUUUGCAGCGGACUCCAGGGAGAACUGGCUCUCAAGGCUCCGAUUCAGAUCCAUCUGCGGCCCCUGGAAACACCGCAGAUGUGAACAAUGAUGGCUCUUCAGAGGGCUUCAUAUGUCCCCAGUGUAUGAAAUCCCAUGGAUCUGCUGAAGAACUUUGUAAACACUAUGAAGCGGUUCAUGAUUCUGGUAAUGAUACAAGUCAUGGAGGAGAGACAAAUCUCUUUCUGAAAAGAGAUGACAUAACACUACUCCGACAGGAGGUCCAGGACUUACAGGCUUCUCUUAAGGAGGAAAAAUGGUACUCAGAAGAACUGAAGAAAGAAUUAGAAAAAGUACAAGGAAACCGACAAGACUCUAAAUCUGAUGGAUUGGCAUCUGAUUCAUCAGCAGACCUACAGUCGUUGGAACAGCAGUUAGAAGAAGCCCAAACUGAAAAUUUUAACAUUAAACAAAUGAAAGACUUGUUUGAGCAGAAAGCAGCCCAGCUUGCCACUGAAAUUGCAGAUAUAAAAUCAAAGUAUGAUGAGGAAACAAGUCUCCGAGAAGCUGCUGAACAGAAGGUGACAAGCUUGACGGAAGAAGUAAAGAAAGAAAUGGUCGCAAUUCAAGAUUUAAAGACUGAGCUGCUUCAGCGGCCUUGCGUAGAAGAUGUUGCUGUGCUGAAGAGGGAACUGGUUCAGGUUCAGACACUAAUGGACAACAUGACACUUGAGCGGGAGAGGGAGUCUGAACGACUUAAAGAUGAGUGCAAAAAGCUACAGGCAGAAUACGCUAUAUCAGAGGCUACAAUAAGUCAACUAAGAGCUGAACUUGCCAAAGGCCCUCAAGAAGUUGCUGUGUAUGUUCAAGAACUACAGAAACUUCAGAGUUCAGUUAAUGAAUUUGCUCAACAAAAUCAAAAUCUAACUGAAAAGUUGUUGAAGAAAGAACUAGAUUACACCAAGUUAGAGGAAAAGCAGAAUGAAGAAUCCCUGAGUAAAAACACCCUACAAGCAAGCCUUCAUCAAAAAGAUCUGGACUGUCAACAACUUCAGGCAAGACUUUCAGCUUCGGAAGCCUCUGUCCAGAGGAUACAGUUAGAGCUUGGCGAAAAGGGGGAGGCAAGUCAGAAACUUAAAGAGGAAUUAUCAGAAAUAGAGACCAAGUACCAGCAUCUCAAGGCAGAGUUUAAACAACUACAGCAACAGAGAGAGGAAAAGGAGCAGCAUAGCCUUCAGCUUCAGGGUGAGAUCAAUCAGUUGCACAGUAAACUCCUGGAAACAGAGCGCCAACUAGGAGAAGCCCAUGGAAGGCUUAAGGAACAAAGACAGCUCUCCAGUGAAAAACUGAUGGACAAAGAACAACUAGUGGCUGAUCUACAGCUCAAACUUUCUCGUUCUGAAGAGCAGGUGAAGGAAAAAACAACAAAUUUCACUGAAUUACAGCAUCAGUUAGAGAAAACAAGGCAACAGCACCAAGAACAACAGGCUCUCCAGCAAAGCACAACAGCAAAACUGCGAGAAGCCCAGAAUGAUUUGGAGCAAGUUUUGCGCCAAAUUGGAGACAAAGACCAAAAGAUCCAAAACCUGGAGGCCCUGCUUCAAAAGAGUAAGGAAAACAUUUCCUUACUGGAAAGAGAAAGAGAAGACCUUUAUGCAAAGAUUCAGGCCGGGGAAGGGGAGACUGCCGUUCUUAACCAACUACAAGAGAAAAAUCAUACAUUACAGGAGCAGGUAACUCAACUAACAGAGAAGCUGAAAAAUCAGUCCGAAAGCCACAAACAGGCCCAGGAGAAUCUGCACGAACAGGUGCAGGAGCAGAAGGCACAUCUGAGGGUGGCCGAAGACCAUGUGCUCUCUCUAGAAACCAGCGUCACUGAGCUAAAUAGCCAGCUAAAUGAAAGCAAAGAGAAAGUGGCCCAACUUGACUUACAGAUUAAAGCAAAAACUGAAUUAUUGUUGUCAGCUGAGGCAGCAAAAACUGCUCAAAGAGCAGAUCUUCAGAAUCAUUUGGAUACAGCACAAAAUGCAUUACAGGAUAAGCAACAGGAGUUAAAUAAGAUUAAUACUCAGUUGGAUCAAAUUACUGCUAAACUCCAUGACAAGCAAGAGUAUUGUGUCCAGCUGGAAACUACGCUUAAAGAAUAUAAAGAAAAGCAUCUUUCAUUAGAACAGAAAGCUGAGGGUCUUGAAGGACAGCUCAAGAAACUUGAAGCUGAUAUUCUUGAAGUUAAGUCUUGUAAGGAACAAGCUUUACAGGAUCUGCAACAGCAAAGACACCAGUAUACAGAGCUAGACCUCAGAACGACGGAAUUGAGUAAAAAAUUGGAGGCAGAAAAAGAAUUAUUAUCUGCAGCUAAUUUGGAUUUAAAGAAAAAAUCUGACGCCUUCGAACAAGCCAAGCAGCAGCUCUCCAAGCAAGAGGAAGAAAAAGAAAGUCUUAAGCAAGAAAUUAAGAAAUUAAGUCAAGAUGUAAAGCUGCAACAUCAAGAAUUCGAUGACAAGAUUCAGGCAUCAGUGACAGAAAUGCAAAAAGUGAAAUCAGAGAAAGAAACCAUAAUAAAGGAACUUUCCAGCACCAAAGACAAAUUAUCAAAAACAUCUGAUUCACUGAAAGAUUCAAAGAAUCAAUUGGAAAAAGAAAAGCAGAAAGGAAAAUCAGCUUUGGCAGAAUUGGAAAAAUCUUGCAAAGAAUUAAAGCUCCAACUUCAAGUGCAGGAAGAGUCUGCCACUAAGGAACAGGAUAACCUGAAAAAGUCAGUGGAGAAGGAGAAAGAGGCUUUCAAGCUUUUGACAGCAGAGCUCAAUUCAUCCCAGGGGCACGUCUCGCAGCUACAAAACACUUUAAAACAGAAGGAAAAAGAGGAGAAGCAGUUUCAGGCAAAGCUAGAUGAGUUGAAGCAAUUGUCUGAGCAGAGGAAAAAGCAGAAUGAAACACAUGAAGCUGAACUAAAAAUUGCCCUUUCCCAAAAGUCAGAAAUUGAGAGUAAACUUCAGCAGCAGAUAACCUUAUCAGCACAGGAACUAACAGCAGAAAAGGACAAAAUAGUGCAGCUGCAGAAGACCUGUGAAAAAAAUCAGGAAAACUUGAAGCAGCUUCAAUCUGAUUUUUAUGGUAAAGAAUCAGAGCUUUUAGCAACAAGGCAGGACCUUAAGUCUAAAGAAGAACUGCUCACUUUAGCUCAAGAAGAUUUGAUUUCGAACAGGAACCAAAUUGGGAGCCAGAAUAAAUUAAUCCAAGAACUUAAAAGCCUAAAGGCCAGUCUGGAGCAGGAUAUAUCAAAAAAAGAACUUCAGUUGAAGGAACAGAACAAAUCGUUACAGGAAAUGCAGAAGGAAAAGGCUCUUAAAGAAAAAGAAUUAGCAAAUGAAAAAUCCAGAGUGACUGAGCUCCAGGAAAUUAAGAGUAGACAGGAAAAAGAAGUUGCAAAAUUGAAUGAAGAACUUGUGUCAUGCAAGCAGGAGAACUUAAAGGAGUUAACCAAUCUAAAGGAUGCCAAGCAGCUGUUGAUUCAGCAGAAACUAGAGCUGCAGAGCAGAGUAGAUUCCUUGAAGUCAUCUCUGGACCAGGAGAAGAAGAAUCAGCAGAUGGUUAAAGAUCAGUUGAAAAAGACAGAAGAAGAACUGAAGAAAGAAAUGACUGAAAAUGAAGCCAAAUUGUGUAUCCAAAUAAAAGAAAAAGAAGAGGAGAUUAAGAAACAUGAAGAGGCCGAGGCCAAACUCACCAUGCAGAUUACCGCUCUGAAUGAAAAUCUGGGCACAGUGAAAAAGGAGUGGCAGACCAGCCAACGGAGAGUCAGUGAACUAGAGAAACAGACUGAUGAUUUGCGAGGUGAAAUCGCAGUAUUGGAAGCGACCGUGCAAAAUAAUCAGGAUGAAAGAAGAGCUCUCCUAGAAAGGUGUCUUAAAAGUGAAGGCGAAAUAGAAAAGCUUCAAGCCAAAGUACUGGAAUUGCAACGAAAGCUAGAUAACACAACUGCUGCGGUGCAAGAACUGGGCAGAGAAAAUCAGUCACUACAGAUUAAGCAUACGCAAGCCUUAAACAGAAAGUGGGCUGAAGAUAAUGAGGUACAGAACUGCAUGGCCUGUGGAAAAGGUUUUUCCGUCACAGUGAGAAGGCACCACUGUAGACAAUGUGGAAAUAUCUUUUGUGCUGAGUGUUCAACAAAAAAUGCCUUAACUCCUUCUUCAAAGAAGCCUGUCCGUGUCUGUGAUGCUUGUUUCAACGACUUGCAAGGAUAAUUGAUUAUCUCAACCAACAGCUAAGCGAAACACUAAUAUUAGAAAUUUUGUUGAUGCCCUCCAUAGAGCACUCAGAUGGCUAUUCGGUUUGGAUGACGGUUGUAACACUUGGCCAAAUUAGUAUAUUUUGAAAUGUUUGUUGAUAUCAAAUAAAGUUACUGUAUUUUUGUGAGAUUUGGACUCCUAUCACCAAUUACUUUCUUUCCCUUUAUCCUGGAAAUCACUUUCAUGCCUAGUUUAGGUUUUCCCAGUUUCAUGUAAAUAAAUGUUGAACAGAAGAUAGCAAUGUAUUUUUUUAAACUUAAUUUUCUUGUUCACAAACAUUGAUGUAAUACUGUAGCAUACUGAGCUUUAUCUAAAAAUGAAAGUGGCAAAAAUGGGCAAGAAUUUGAUGUCAGACGUUUUUGUUACAUAUUAUUUACUUACCACAUUCAAGUGCAUUAUGAAUAUUCUUUAUAAAACAUGGGCUGCCUCAUAGAUGUCUUAGCAAUGUUCCUUAUUCUCAUAGUGCUUUAGGCGAUAGGCCAUUUGCAGCAUUAGGUUGUUGCAGAGCUAUUGCAUGAAAGUCCAAAUACAAUAUAUGUUAAGCAUGUCAGGGCCAUGAAUUCAAGCCUGACUUCUAUUUUAAUAAUACUGAUGAUUCUGUUGUACUGAUUUUUUACUGAGUUCUGGAAGGAGAAAAGAAAUGGCUUACUUUGGUUCAUGCCUAUUGGGAUAUAUUUUUUUGAAAACUUAGAAUUUUUACGGGCUGAAUUUUUUUAAUUUUAAUUCUUUUUUGAUCCAUUAAUAGUCCGACAUUGUUGAUCGAUAGAUGAUAUAGCUAUAUAUGAAACAGCUGCCCCUUGCUGGGUUUCUUCCUAGUGAAAAGUCUCUUGUGGUUAGUCAUUUCAUGGAAGACGUUAUUUUUCCAAACCUCCUUAUCCCCUCAGGAAAAUUUAAGAAGCCCUGUCUUUCAGUGGGGUUGAGAUUCCAUUUCCAGCAAUUCAUUUUGACUUUCCAAAAUGCAAUAAAUGUGUAGUGCAAAUGUACUUCUUAUGAAAGUCUCAUAUUAGCGCCUUGAACUUGUAAUAUACUGCUGCAGGUCUCUUUGUUGAAAAAUAAGUCAGUGAAACAGCACUAUGACAUAAAAGCUUUAUAUUCCUGUUUCGUGGUUUCUUCUCUUUACGUAUAAUGAAAGAAUUUUGAAAAGGGAGCUAAAGCAGUAUAGAAUUUGAUUUGGAAUUUGAGGCUUUUCAGCAGCUGAGAAAUUGAUAGGAGAAAAAACUACAAGACAGUAUCUUCAGAUAGUAUGAGGAUUACCAAAAGCAAAGAAAUUAUAUGUCCCAUCGUUCCUCAACACAGAAUAACUUAAUUCUUAAGGAGAAAGAAUUGCCUUGAUGCUCCAAGAGGAGACGGACUGAGCCUGGAACUGUUCUGAGGAAUGAAAUCGUUAUGUCCAUAUCUAUAUUUAUAUGAAAUUGGAGGUACAUAUGAAAGUAUUUCGUUGCUUCCAGUUAUUAAGUUUUGAAAGGAUGCCCAGAGGGUUUAUAACCUAAGAAAUGGCUCUAAUUUUAUUUGAUUAUUUGAGGGGAAAAAAGCAAUGAAAUACCUUUUUCAGUUGCAGUAAAAACACAGCAUACUUCUCCAAAAUGUAGAUGCUAAUAUAUGUAAAAAAAAAGGUAUUUGCUUAGUCUUCUGUAAAAUAGUCUGCCUGGAAGGAAAUGCACAGUAUAAGAAUAGUUUAAAAUUGGCACUUGAAUUUUGUUGUUGAAAACCUUCCAAGGCGAUAGUUUUCGUAUUUUCAAUAUGGACAGCAUUAACACACUCGAGUUAGAAUUUUUCAGAAAAACCCAGACACACAUAGUACCUCCAUAUGUCGAUAUGUUUUAAAAACAUAAAAUAAGGCAGAUAUCUCUAUAUCACUUAGCUUUGCACUUGGACACGGCGUGUGUUAAGCUUUCCCCUGGAAAAAAGUAAAAUUGUAGAGACCACUAAAGUAAUCAUCAGUUAGUCAUUAUAACCUAAUGAUCCGCAUGCAGAAUUCUCUUGCUUAUACUCAAGGUGUCACGAUGAUAUGUAAUAAGUAAAUUCUGAGUACUCGCUAGACCAUAAGAUGUUGGCAUUUAAAAGUGUGACUUUCCGAUGCACUCUCAUCAACCCAGGAUAUUUUAGAAGCAGAUGUUGAGGGAUUUCCUUUUCAGUUCAAAGUACGUUCUAAGUCCUUAUUGCCGACAUCCAUCGGACGCCUGCUCAUGCUAUUUCUGGCGUCGGGGAGCCGGCCAGUCCAGAGCCGUUGCAUCUGGCGUUGAUGCGAAGUAGAAAGUAGAUUGGUGGAAGUGUGUAGGUAAAACGGCUGCCCUUGACGUCAAGGUGUACCUGCAAAACUUUUGUACAAAGAAGGCGAAAAUAGCUGCUUGUAAAGGAUCCCUCCUUUUUGUAAGAAAAGGGAAAAACACAAAAAACCUCAAUGCAGUAUAUAAAUAAGAUUUUGUUUCAACUACCUCUCGGUGCGGAAUUUAACCAAUUAGUUAGCGUUGGAUAUUUUCCACAGUGGUGUUAUGGAAGUGGUAAUACCUGCCAAAUUUGCCAGUAUUCAUAGCCUCCAAAAUAGCUUAUUCUUUGUGAUUUUCUUUUUAAACUGUACAUUUUGAAGAAUUGUAGAGUGAAUUUUGUUCCCUUGAGCCCUCUAUCUUGAGGCACAUAGACUUCUUGCUCGGGAGAGUAGGAUGUAAGGACUGACUUUUAUUUUUGUGCUCUUGUUUGGCUUUAUGUGUGCUCCAGUCAAACAACCAGGGACGGUAUUAUCCAUGGAAUUAAUGUGCCAUUAAUUUAGCAUUCCUAGAACACUCGCCAUGGGCUUGAUGAAUAAUACUCUGGAAUAGUCGUGUGCCACACAUCCUGUCUUAAUUGACUUUUGCCUGAGUUUUGAUUAUCAAUUUGUUAUUGUUGCAGAUGUGAAUAUUGUGCAUAAAACUUACUAAAUUUGUGUAAAAUUGUAUAAACUAGAUUUGGACAGAGAUAACUCUUUAUUAUGUAGAAAUGAUAAAUUUGUAGUUAUAUUAUGAUGCAGUUUUAUGUACGAAGCACCGUGUACGUCCUUAAACUGGAUCAGACGACUCAUUGUCCCUGUAGAUAGUUUGGCAUGACUUUUUUUUCCCCAUCGGAUAUUUUGAAUCUUAUUUCGUGUUGUGUUUACUACUACUUGUGAUCAUGUGGUUGUGCCUUAUAUUGUGAAAGAGUUUAGUUCAGUAUGCACUGUAAUUCCUAAACUCAGCAAUUGGAAAGUGAUUAUGAGUAUAUUUGAGACAUUUUACCACACAGCACCCAAUUCUGUAUAAAGUACAAUGGAAGGAUACUUGUUGAAAUGUUGCUUUUGUUUUCUAAUCUGUUGAAGGAAUGGUAAUAAAAAGGACUCUUUCUAGCA